ACACACUGUUUUUAUCCGAUUCGUUACCGAACUGAUUUGUCGCGUUAAAACCUCUACUUUUGUAGAAUCCAUUACUUCGGUUGAUUUUCUGAUGGCAAAGCUUAAUGCUUUGAAUUUGCCAGUCAAUUCCCUUUGAUUUUCGUCUACUGUCUCGGUCAUCAUCGAUAUUAUAUUCACGCCACGCACCAAUAUCCCGUUAAAUUUGUGCCUUAGAUUGAACUAAACCACAGCCAAAUAUCCCGUCGGAGGUGCCACUAUGUUGGGGAUCGCCUCCCAAGUUUCUCCCAACACUUCACAAAUUUUAACAACAGACAAGAAGAAAUAAGUAAAGCUCAAGGAGUACUCGCGUCGCCCUAUCAAUUCAAGCUUGAAUGUAAGUAAAUGAAACGUCAAAGACAGAUGUCGGGUCGAAGCACAUUGGUUGUGCAAUUUUUGAUUUGUUUGCAUGUGACUUGUACAGCAAUCACUGUUCAAGAGAAAGCAGACCAUGACGUGAGGUACAAUAUUGAAAAAUCAUAUCACAACGUUGUCGACAAUGUGAAUAGAAAAAAUCUUGAAAAAUUCAAAGAAGACAACCAUAUUGUGAAUUUAAAAAAGUUUCGCGAUCAAAGCAGCAUGCGUAAAUCGCCAGCAAGACAUAUGACCAAUUUGCGUGACAACACAUUCAAGUACGACCUUUCAGAUAAACAAGUGGCAUACGGCGACUUCAUUCAUCGUAUUUUUAAACGAAAUGCAAACCCCAACGUCAAUGUGACAAUCUCACCACCACCUCUACCACCAAAAAUACCACCUCCUUCUCCAUUGCCUAUUUUCAACGUUCCUCCGGUUUGUGAAAGAGACAAAUCCUGCUCAGGUGGAUGUACUGGAAAUAAAACUGACUGGAGAAGCAAUGACGGCCUUUCAUGUUACUGUGACGUAGCUUGUUAUGAAAUUUUUAAUGAUUGUUGUGCUGAUUUUGUCAAAUAUUGUGGAGAACAAAAAAACCUGGAAAUUCCUUUAAAAAAAUUUAACUGGACAUGUGAGUCGUUGGGUCAUUUUGAUGCAAGGGGACAGUGCCAAGUGGGUAAUGGUUUAUGGAUGAUAUCACGAUGUGCGCAUGACUGGCCAUACGACAUAAUCCGAAGCAAAUGCGAACAACCGGUCACAACUUUGAGGAAUGCUUCGGACAUUGCUCGGUACCUACCGGCGAUUAAAUAUGAUUUGGUGUUUCGAAACCAUUUUUGCGCGCUAUGUAACAGAAUCAAGGGUGAUUUUGAAUAUUUUCCUUUAAAAAUCAAAACUAGCAUUCUACCACCUAAUCGAUAUAGUUUUGAAAAAAAAUCAAUUUUUUAUUGAUGCACGGAGCCGAGUUCCCAAGGAGUGGACCACAAAAACCAAAAACUAACCAGACCAGACGAUACUGUUUAAGGACAAUUGUGAAUUCGUGUGAAAAUAACAAAACGAAUGACACUUGUAGGAAUGGACCUGUGAGUAUAAUCUCAAUUUUUGGACGGUAUUAUAAAAACUUCGAAUGCGCUUUAUGUAACAAUCUCCUCGGAUUUUAUCAAUGUUUUCCGGACUUUUUUAGCCAUAUUUGUAUGUUAACACCCCCACAAAAGUUUAUAUUGAAUUUAGACUAUGGAAACAUUACGUCAACAUUGACUUUACAUCCUUCAUGUUCCGGAUACGACGUAAGAUUAGAAGAAUGCGUUCAAUUAUUGCCAAUACCAACAGGAAACAAGGACUCUUUUCGUAUUUUAACAUGGUUAAGUCCAUCAGCAAACGACAGGUUCAAUAAAAAUGACUUCAAAGGUAUAAUGAAUCAGUAUUAUGGUAUUGAAAGCUCGCAGAUACAGAACAUCAGUAUACAAACAGUUCUAAAGGUAUUUGGAUUGCCUUCCUAUUCAGGAACACCAAUAUUAUAUCAUUUAGUUCAUUCAACAAUUGUUUUAACUCCAGAACAGAGUUUUAAUAUAUACUAUAAUACAUCUUCAAGUUCGAGAAAUCUUCAAGAAUUCAUAUAUUUUAAGCAAUCCAAUGCAAUAACUUGGAAUAACAUCACGUACACUAUAAUUAAAACUACAUCACGUCCAUUAUCUUGUGUUGGGAAAAAAAUUUACAAUCAACGCAGUUAUACAGUUAUUGACGACGAUAAAAUUAAAAUAAACUCGACUGGGAAAACUUAUGAGAGAUCACAGUACUACGGUGAUAUUGGAAAUGAUGUUGUGGUUUGCGAGGAAUACAUGCCAAACGGUUGUCAGCUGACCAAAGUUGGUCUCACCAAGAAUGACGUCACCAUAUACAAGAAUUUGGCUUUGAAAGUGAAGAACACUAGAAUGUUUUAUGAUCGCGGCAACUAUGAAGUUUCUAACGGCUUAAUUUCACUGUGCAAAACAAGAGAAUCUUUCACACCAACAUGUUCAACUCGAAUGUCAUGCAAAGGUCGCUGCAGUAACAAGAGAGAAUGGCGAAACAUUUUCGAAAUGACAUGCUCAUGUGAUCAAGAUUGUCAUGAAGUUUUCGGAGAUUGUUAUUCAGAUUACAUAAAGUAUUGUGGAGCGCAAACAUCUGGAGAAACACCAAGGAAGACAUAUAACUACACAUGUGAGAACUUUGGGAAAUAUAAUUCACAAUUUUGCCAAGUCGCAGACGGAGUUUGGAUGGUUAGCGGAUGUACAUAUGAAUGGCCUCGCGAUUCAACGCGAAGCAAGUGUGAGAUACCAAUAAAACGGCUCCCACAAUCGUCGGAUAUCUUAACAGAUAUCUUUGGUUAUCUUCCAGUGAUAUCCAAGGAUAAUACAACAUUUCGUAACAGGUAUUGUGCAAUUUGUAAUAAUGAGAUGGAGUACAAUUAUUGGAU